UUUGUUGUUUUUAAUCCAAAACGGACAAAGCAUUCCGUAUUCCUGUGCGGUACAUUUUUCUACAUAAAAAUCAAGCAAAAUGCGUGUUGCCAUUACAAGAUUCACAAAAAUGAGUCCUAAAUUAAAGGAACUCCGCAUUCACUUGUGUCAAACCGGUGAAGCUUCCAAGGGAGCCAGAGAAUAUGUUGAACGUUUCUAUCCCACUUUAAAGAAAGAUAAUCCCGAAUUGCCUAUUUUGAUUAGAGAAUGUUCAGGAGUACAACCCCGUUUGUGGGCACGCUAUGCUUUGGGCAAGGAAACAUCGGUACCAUUGACAAAUCAAUCUGCUCAAGAUAUUCAAAAACAAGUCGAAGCUGUUGGUAAAUAAACAUUAGAUUCAAAAUCUUAGUAUCAACAUUAUCUAAAUUAUAAGCCAAUAAUUAUGUGGAAUAAAAAAAACAGAAAAUUGAAAAUUUAAA